CAUUGAAAUAGCCAGCCAAGUUGAGCGUUUCUUCUUAAAUUUCUCGCGUGUAAACCUUAUCUGUGGUGUGCUCCAUCUGCAUUGGAGCACCUAUAUAAGCAACUUUCCUGACCCAUCGUUUUCUGCAAUUCAAUUUAUUUCUCUCUCUUCUAUCGAUGGCGUUCAGGAAAACCCUCGCUCAAGGACUCCUUAACAUCACCAAAGUGUCAUCACAAUCCCUCACCAAUUGUCGGAUUUCCUCUUCCUCCGUCAUCGGAAAAGUUUCCCCACGUGCCGCCGAGCCCGUUGAUCCCGGAGAAAAUGGCCGCUUCCGUUCGCCGCAACUCGCCGGAAGAAACCUCCUCGACAAGCUCAGGACGAUGGGUGUUGCCCACAACCGGAUCCGGUUGGAUGGGUUGACGCCGCCGCAGAUUAAAAUGGUGGACACAGUGACCAUCGAGGAUGCCAGAAAAUUGCUAAAGGUGGCGCAGGUGGAAAUGUUGAAAGCGAAACUAAGACAGACCCGAAAGAGUUGCAUAACGUUCUCGGAGUUCAUUGCGAUCUGCGCUGAGCAUUGUUCGGAUCAGGAUCAAGCGGUGGAGAUUGCAAAGAUGUUGGAUAAUUCUGCGGCUGUGAUUGUGUUGGGAGAUGUCGUGUUUCUCAGACCCGAACAGGUAGCGAAAGCCAUCCAAGGUCUUCUCCCUGUACCAGGAGCCAAGGUUCCCGAGUCAAUAAGAAGAGAAUUCGAAGAAAUGGAGAAAAAGAGGUUAACCAUUGACGACAGAGCAGACACCAUGGUUCGGCGUGAGCUCUGGGGAGGGUUAGGUUUUAUGAUGGUGCAAACAAUGGCAUUCAUGAGGCUUACAUUUUGGGAACUCUCCUGGGAUGUGAUGGAACCCAUAUGUUUCUAUUUGACCUCAAUGUACUGCAUGGCUUGCUACACCUUCUUCCUAAGGACCUCAAAAGAACCUUCCUUUGAAGGCUUCUACCAAGCCCGUUUCAGCUCCAAGCAGAAGCGACUCAUGAAGCUUCACAAUUUUGACAUUGAAAAGUAUAAUCAACUCAGGGCGGCUUGCUCUCCCACCACCAUGCCUCCUAAGUUUGAUCCCUCCAUGGCUCUCCCAUUUGACAAUUCUUCCAUUCAUCAAUGAUAUUGAAAAUGUUGUGGUGAUUGGCCUAGUAUGAAAAUAGAGAUUAUAUGGAAGGCCCUCGACAACAUUAAUAAUUUUUCUUUCACUACAGAGUACAGACUACAGCACAUUGCUGUCCCCUUCAGCAAAUUUGGGGUUGCAUCCCCUCCGCCGAAAGCUAUAGGAACAUGUUAGAAACGCGGUGUUAGAAUUAGAUGCGGCUUUAUGUAGAACAGAUGCAGAGUGUUCUUUUCAAUUUUCCUUUAAAUGUCUUUAUUUUAGCAUGACAAAAUGUCAAAACCUCUUUAUCAACCUUUUUCUUCACCUGCA